AUGUCGACGCCUUCGCCCUCUGGGGCCUCCAAUCCACCGCCGCCGGCUAUAAUACCGGUUACUCCUUUGCCGGACAUCCUUUGCGUCCCGCCCCCGCCCUCCACGACGGCGCAGUCGGCCAAAAGAGCCCGGACUGCGGGCGAGGAAGCCCGUUUUGCCCACGCCACCACCGCCACCCCUAAUGCUUCUGGUUCCAUUACAACCUUCGCUGAGACCCUCGUCUCUGAAGCUCUUGCUAAAGCGGAGGUCUACCGCUCUUUCGCCGCCUACCUCGACACCAAACUCCCCCAUUUCUCCGCCGUCUCUCCAGCCCACGCCCGCGAAGCCGAAUACCUCGCACGAACCAUCACGGCCGCCCUGCAGAAAAGUUCUGCCUCACCUCCCUCGCCUACCCCGGAUCCAAGAAUGACGCUGACCGCCAAACCCUCCUGGACCACAAAGAUGAGAUUAGCGCCUGUUUUGACUGCGUCCAAGUCGACGUGCCCAAGAAAUGGGUCACCUGCGCCGUCCAGAAUGUACCCAUGA